AAAGCAAACUUUUUUAAUUAAUUUCCAAAGUAUAUAUACCGGUCCUUCGGUAGCCAUCCUCACAGACCAGUGGAUCAUCACAAAAUGGCAGCCAAAACAGUCAUCUUCCUGAUCGCUUCUCUCUGCACGGCGUACUGCAAGCCCCUGUGCCCAAGUGUGGCACUGGGUCUGGGAAUGCCAGCAGCGGGCGCGACCACCGUUUGCGAGUCUGCUCCUAACCUCCCCGUCGGAUUGGCUGGCUUGGGUUUGAUGGGUGGAUUGGGUGCAGUUGGGCCACUCGGGCAUUUGGGAUUGGGUGGUCUCGGUCCGCUGGGCUAUCAUGGUGGUCUCGGACCGCUGGGAUUGGGAUUAUCUGCCUUUGCAAACCCUGCCGGUUCCACCACUGUCUGCGAGUCGGCGCCUAAUCUAGGAAUGGCAGUGCCAGCUGUCGGAACUACUACAGUGUGCGAGUCUGCUCCCAACCUACCCCUUGGUUAUGGUCUACCGUACCCAUCAUACGGACCCUUGGGCAUGGGUGUGCCGCUAGGUGGUGCUACCACCGUUUGCGAGUCUGCUCCCAACCUACCGCUUGGUCUCGGUCUACCGUACCCAGCAUACGGACAUUUGGGCAUGGGUGUGCCGCUAGGUGGUGCUACCACCGUCUGCGAAUCUAUGCCCGAUCCAUUGGUGGGUCUCGGAAACCCACUGGCCCUGUCGUCCAUGCUCAGACUCAGACCGUAUCUGUAAGAAGCAACCUUGACCUUGGAUCACUUGACACUCUCAAACUUGUCUCAUAAGCGUUUCUUAAGUUACUUUUUAAUUUUGCAAAGGUUUACAGAUUUCAUUUUGGCCAUUCCUUCAGUUUCGUCUGUUUUUUUCCAAACUUUGCCGAUAAAACUUGUAGUGUAAAUACAGAAAUUUAUCGCCAGCUUUCUUCGGAAGUCUGGGCUUAGAGAAGUUGUGGGCCCGAAAUUAUUAUUUAUUACAUCUGCUUUUCGUGUGUUUAGAGAUCAGAAGUAAUGAAAGAGCUUAAAUUUCUGGCGCAGAAAUUAAUUUGGUACUAUUUGACCUUUGCUAUAAAAGGUAACUUUGUGUUUGAAUUAUAUAUUCUGAAAUAAAUUGUAUUUGCAUUUGAA